GUGAAAGUCAAUGUCACUUCUCACUGUUUGGUAAGGAGUUGAAGGUGUGGUCCUUUCAACAAAUAGGAGCAUAUGCAUUUUCAGAGAGAGAGAGAUAGCAGUAGGGUGGUCAUCAAGAGACUGAGAAACAGACUGAGAAAGCUUUGGCUUGAGCCCUUUUGGUGUUGGGGUGAGAGUUUUUGCUGUUUCAGAUGUGAGUGUCUCUGAUUCUCUGCCCAAAAUCGGAAAAAAAAAAAAAGAUGCAUCUUUCACUAUGGAAGCCAAUAUCUCACUGUGCGGCUCUGAUCCUGGACAAAAAGGGCAAAAAGAGGGAUGGCUCUAACAAUUCCGGGGAAGAAGUGAAGAGGAAAUUGCAAGAGCAUAAGCUUCGGGAGGCUCUCGAGGAAGCUUCUGAAGAUGGAUCCCUUGUUAAGUCUCAAGUCAUUGAUUCUGAGGCCAUGGAGAUUAAUCAAGACGAGGGUUUGGGGCGCUCACGCUCUCUUGCUCGCCUUCACGCCCAGAAAGAAUUCCUCAGAGCCACUGCUCUUGCUGCAGAACACAUCUUUGAGUCUGAGGAUUCAAUUCCGGAACAAAACGAAGCCUUCUCCAAGUUUCUUACAAUGUACCCUAAGUACCAAUCUUCUGAGAGGAUUGAUGAGCUGAGAUCAGAUGAGUACUCUCACCUUUCUGGCCCUAAGGUAUGUCUUGAUUACUGUGGAUUUGGAUUGUUUUCAUUCCUUCAGACUGUGCACUUUUGGGAUUCAUCCACAUUUAGCCUCUCUGAGAUUACUGCAAAUUUGAGCAAUCAUGCUUUAUAUGGGGGUGCUGAGAGAGGGAGUGUUGAACAUGAUAUUAAAUCUAGAAUAAUGGAUUACUUGAACAUCCCUGAGAAUGAGUAUGGCCUGGUUUUCACUGUUAGUCGAGGCUCGGCUUUUAAAUUGCUGGCCGAGUCCUACCCGUUUCACACGAACAAGAAGUUGUUGAGUAUGUUUGAUCAUGAGAGCCAGUCUGUUAGUUGGAUGGCUCAGUGUGCCCGAGAGAAAGGAGCCAAAGUGUAUAGCGCGUGGUUCAAAUGGCCGACGCUUAAGCUCUGCUCAACUGAUUUGAGAAAGCAGAUUUCGAACAAAAAGAGGAAAAAAGACAGUGCAACUGGUCUUUUUGUUUUCCCUGUCCAAUCUAGAGUUACUGGUGCUAAAUACUCUUAUCAGUGGAUGGCACUGGCUCAGCAAAACAACUGGCACGUCUUGCUUGAUGCCGGGGCACUAGGUCCAAAGGACAUGGAUUCCCUAGGAUUGUCUUUGUUUAGGCCUGAUUUUAUUAUCACGUCGUUUUAUAGGGUGUUUGGGUAUGACCCGACUGGAUUUGGAUGCCUUCUUAUUAAGAAAUCUGUGAUGGGAAGCCUUCAAAAUCAGUCUGGCCUUACUGGCUCGGGUAUUGUAAAAAUCACUCCCGUUUACCCCCUAUAUUUGAGUGAUUCGAUUGAUGGUUUUCCUGGAUUAGCUGAAGAUGAUGAAGAUGAAGAUGGAGAAAACGGUGAAGUUAGUACAGAAACUCGGGCAGGGUCUCAACUGCCUGCGUUUUCUGGGGCAUUCACUUCUGCCCAGGUGAGGGAUGUAUUUGAGACAGAGAUGGAGCACGAAAACAGCUCGGAUAGGGAUGGAGCAAGCACGAUAUUUGAAGAAACUGAAAGCAUAUCUGUUGGAGAGGUAAUGAGAAGUCCAGUCUUUAGUGAAGAUGAAUCAUCUGAUAAUUCAUUGUGGAUAGAUUUGGGUCAAAGCCCAUUGGGGUCUGACUGUGCAGGACAAUCUAACAAAGAAAAAACCGCCUCUCCCAUACCGCCAUUUUGGUUUGCUGGCAGAAAGAAUAACAAGCGGCUCUCGCCAAAGCCUUCAAAGAUGUCUAACAGCCCAAUGUAUGACGACAAGGAGGUGAAUUCCCGGUGCCAUGACGACCACCAUGUGCUUUCGUUUGAUGCUGCUGUCCGCUCGGUGUCUCAAGAAUUAGACCAUUUUCAGGACAUUCCUGAAGAAGAGCAAUUCACUGGAAGAACCGAGCAUCUUUGUGAGAUUGAAGAAGAAGCAGAAACCAGUAAAGGAGAUUUGAUGUCAAAGGGAUAUGACCUUAACAAUAUGACUUCUACUUCUCAGUUUAGUGGCCUUGAAAAUGGUUCAACAUCUGCAAUAUGUCAUGAGGUUAAAGAGAGUGCUAUAAGAAGAGAGACCGAGGGUGAGUUCAGAUUAUUGGAAAGGAGGGGAAGGAACAGAUAUGCGGGCGGUAGAUUUUUUGGUAUAGACGAGAGUGACCAGCAUGUUGGCAGGGGAAGAAGGGUAUCGUUUAGUACAGAAGAACACCGUAAAGUUCAUCUAGGUUAUGCACUAGAACCUGGGGAAUUGUCAGCCCCUAGUCUAGACGAUGACGAGUACAUAAGUGAGGGCGAUUACGAUGGGCAAGAGUCAGACAGGAGAGAACCCGAGAUAAUAUGCAAGCAUCUUGAUCAUAUAAACAUGCUAGGUCUCAACAAGACUACCCUUCGGCUACGUUUUCUGAUUAAUUGGCUUGUGACCUCGUUGUUGCAACUAAGAUUGCCUGGUUCAAACGGUGAGGACAGUCUACCUCUUGUUUACAUUUAUGGACCCAAAAUCAAAUAUGAAAGAGGUGCAGCAGUUGCUUUCAACGUGAGAGACCGAAGUAAGGGUCUUAUUAAGCCAGAAAUUAUCCAGAAGCUGGCAGAGUUGCAUGGUAUCUAUCUCGGGAUUGGCAUCCUCAGUCAUAUUCGAAUUUUAGAUAGCCCGAAACAGCAGCGUGGAACUUCAAAUCUCGAAGACACCUCCCUUUGCAAACCGAUGGAAAAUGGUAGACAGGACAGUAAAAGUGGAUUUAUUAGAGUCGAGGUCAUCACCGCCUCACUCGGCUUCCUGACAAAUUUUGAAGACGUAUACAAAUUGUGGGCAUUCGUGGCUAAGUUUCUCAACCCGGACUUUAUCAGAGAUGGUGGCCUCUCAACUGUCGCAGAAGAGACCAAUGCUUGAACCUGUAUGUGAAAACUCAGGUGCGAUAGAGUAUGAAAGAUUCAAAUUGGAUUCUUUUGCCCCCUCCACCCCUUUGAUGCUUGUGGGAUAAUUUGUUUGUUCAUUCAUGCUUUAAAUUGCUCAUGCCUUUUUCAUUUUUUACCUUUUUGAUAUUGCUGUGGAAUUGCGGUUAGAAUCUUGUAUUAUUUUAGGUAGAAAUGAUGACUAAAGCAGGUAUAAAUCCACCUAAUUUCCUCAUCUAUGCUUUUUCUUUUUACCAUACUGUUUGGAGUUUCUGAUGUAUAAAAUCUCACACAUUUUGCUUGUUUCUGGCUUUUAUACAAUCCAAUGAUGAUGAUCAUCUGUUCGAUCUGCA